GUUGGCUUUCUGAACUAGGACUGGCAGACAAAUAGGGAAGUGGACUACGUUGUGCAUACAAAAUCAGACAACAGACAGGCAGAGCGGAAAAAAAAGGAGUUCCAUGUGAGAAGGAUAAUAGCUGGUGCAUGGAUGACCUUUAUUGGAGUGCUAUAUUUUGUCUUCUUCAUCUACUAGCUGACACUGUGACUUUUGCCUGAGAGUGAGAGCUUUACUUAAGAGGAUUUUUUUACUGAAAUGCCACCUUCUUGCUAAAGAGAGAUACCAAGACAUAAUAAGCAGAUUUGUCUUGGAAGGCAAGAACAAAGCAAACCACCUUUUGUACAACUAGAAGAGGUUAUGCACAGAAAUAAACAGCAAGAAUUAGUCCUGACUAAAUUACUAUUUACAACCUAAUGCCACGCACGAAAAAUAAUAUUACACCAGGAAAUGUAAAUCCAGGACAAAAGUGACCACUACAAGCUUCCAGAUCUGAAACUAUACAAGCCUGAUGGUUUUUGAAACCAUACCAGUUUCCUCAGGGAGAGGUCCUCAUAUCUGAUUUUCUCUGCAGAAAUCAGAAGUGUUGUUCCAUGACAUCUGCCAUCUUCCCCUGACGUCUGCUCCACUCAUUUCUGAUGGCUCCUGUUGACACCUUAGAAGUAACCCAGGGACUUUCUAGCACUGAACAGCCCCAGGUUCUGCUCCUGGGAGUGCUCAUAGCAGGGGCAUCUUUUCUGACCCUUUCCAUUCUUACACUUCUCUGCAGCUCAUGUCACGGGAGAAAGAAAAUGUUAAUCGUGAAUGGGGACCAUGAAAACUUGAUGAAUGUGGCUUCAGACAAGGAGACAUUUUCGUUUUCAGCAACUACCAGUAUUGGGACAGAUGCUCCAGCCAAUAGCUGUCAAAAUGGCACAGUUAGUAAUGGAGAGGUACUUUCAGAUGACAGCGACGCUGCUUAUAUUCAACCUUAUGAAGAGGUACUGACUCCUAAAUGUGAAUCACUAGAGCAGCUGGAAAAUACUGGGAAGUCCAUAAGGUGUCAUCAAAGCAGAGAACUGCCCAGUAUUCCACCAAAUGAUGGAACAGAGGCAGCAGAGUGCACUGGGAAUCAGCAGGUCAAUGCAUCUGUUACAGCUGACAGCACCUAUGAAGUAGUGAAAGACACUUCUUUACAGGACAAUGUCACUGAAGAUGGUCUGUAUGAAACUGUAAAAGACAUGAAACAAGAAAGUGGUCUGAAAGGGAAUGCAGAGGUCUCUGCACCAGAAACAAAGACUAUGGUUUGUGGUGAUGUUCCCCAAGGUGGGGUUGCAUCUGCUGAGUAUGCAUCAGUGGACCAUAACAGAAAGAGCCACCCAAUCAUUAAUACUAUAUAUGUGCUAGAGAAGUCGGGAUCUCAGGAUGAGGACACCCCAGGUCAGGAUGAGGACAUCCCACCACCUGUACCAUUAAAGCAAUUGGAUGAAAAUGAGAAUGUACAGAGCAAAGACAUUGAAGGGGAAGGUUCGAAGAAUGUCGGAAAAGCACAGACGAGAGGAGUCCUCAUAAAAUACAAGUCUCGAGAUGAGGACCCUUCACUUUCAGAAGAUGAGGUAGCAGCUAUGUACUCAACGGUGACCAAAUCACAAGAAAAUAUUGAUCUCGCCAUGCCUGACUCUACAUACAGUUACAUUAAGGAGGUGCCUCUACAAAGUACCCCAUCUGUUGGUAGUGAUCUUUAUUCAACAGUGAUAGACACUGAAAAAACAUCAACUAUCACUGGAGUGGCAGGACCUCUACUUGUGCAGAACCCAGCUGAGAAUGAUUACGAAGCCAUUCAUAUGGAAGCAAAGACGGAAUCCCUGAAUGAACCCAUAUCUGCUAUCAGCCCAGCAUCGCCACCACAGAUUGAUCAUGAUUAUGAAAGCAUUGCUGAUUUGCAAAAACAUAGCAAGCAGUAAUAUCACAGUAUUAUGAAAAGCACAUUUUGUUGAAAAUUAUUUUGUAAGAGAACAGCAUUGCAUUGCUAGUGACGGUACGAAGGAACUGGAAAUACAAAGUGCCAUUUAAUUAAUACUACUAAAAAGACUUGUUAAAACAGUGCUUAAAUAAUGUAUCUUUUUUGCCUCGUCAAAGAAAGGAAACCACUUUUGUAAGUAUGUGCCAACUAAGUCAUGAACCUCAAAGUCACUAUCAUCUGGAGUAGCACAGCAUGGCAAGCAACUGUUUUAUAUCAAAGGUUUCUGAUGUAAUUGUUUGUUUUCUUUGUUCAGUCCAGCACUUUGUGUUAUAUUUUGAAAUAAUUAGUCUAACUCUUGGUGGGUACGUUAAUACCAAAUGGUACGAGAGCACAGUAGAUACCACAAUAGCGCUUUUGUAUGCCUUGAUUUCAACAUUAGGUUCAUAGAUAGUUUCCAGAAAUAAGGAAUUCAAUGUUAAAAUGGCAGCAGACACUCAACAAGGUUGUUGGUACAACAGCUGCACCUAUCUUUUGCCCAUGCACCAUAAAGCUGCUUGCAGAUUCCUUCCCAUGCAUGUAUUGCAUGUAUCAGUACCCAGCCAGACCAGAUAAUCUCCCACAUUGUAGCAUAUUUGAUAGAUCAUGCAUGCGUGGGCUGUAGGGUUACCCUCUGUCCCUCUUUAUGCAGGACAAUCCCUAUUUCGGCAGAUGUGUCCUGUAAAAAACAAAAAAAAUCACAAGUGACCUGAGUUUUGGGGGAGAAAAAAACAUUUCCUAUGUUUCCUCUAUUAGGAGCAUAAGCAAUUAUUUUGCAUUUGAAAUAUAUCAAUAUUAUAUGAAACAACAAAAACAAUUUCAAUUAUACAAGACUAAGCCUUUUGAUAAAAUAAAGUGAAAUCCUGUCUUUUGCACUGGUUGUGGCCAUAGUUUGUCCUGCAAAAUAUCUUGUUUCCAUUAAAAAUGCCCCAUUUUGGGCAUUUGAAAAGGUGUCGAUCCUGACUGGCUACAUCCAGUACAACAACUCAGACCAGUACAGAAAAAUGUUUGGAGUAUCUCUGAAGGGCAGCAUCUUUUGGCUAAACCAUUACAUAUGAUGCAGGUUUAUGAGGGGAACCAAAUUCUGAGGAGAUACAUGUAGGUAAUACAAACAAAGGACAUGCAUACCAGAUGGGAUUGGCAAAGGGAAUAAUUAAUGGAAUUAUCUAAGGGGAUCAUUCAAAAGCACCACAUAUCAUUGUACAAUGAAGAUUUAAAGUAUAUGGUAGUAAUAUUUUUGCUGUUGUUGAAAGCAGCAGCCCCUGACCCACAGAAAUAAGGAUAGAACUCCUAAACCUUAUGUUCUGUACAAGUCAAUAAAAUGUUUAAUUGUUCAUGUCUGAAUACCUGUUUGUUCAGAUUAUUAUUUUACUGGGUCAGUUUAACCAUUUAUGCUCAUAAUGUUUCAACAUUCACAGAUUUAAUACCUCAGUGACUGCUUACUAAAGCACAGACAUUUCCCUAAGACCUUAAGCACAAUACUAUCUGUUUUAUAACGCAGUUGUAAUAUGAUGCACAGAUAUAAGAAGUCCUUUAACAAGUUCUAAUUGUACUGCAAAAAACAACAUAUUUUUUAUGUUUUUGUGAUGCCAUUCUUUUUGUUUCAUGAUAUGUUUUUUAUUAGAACUCCUACAAAAAAAAACAGUUUGUGGUAACUAUUUCUGAUGUAUCAACAUUAUAAAUUUGAAGUCCCACUGUGUUUCUCUCUGCACCCACUUGUGCAUAGGCACACAUAUGUGCACACUGACACACGUGACACACACACACACACACACACACACACACACACACACACACACACACACACACACACACAGUCUGCUACAGCUUCCAAAAAUUUUUGAGCCUUGUUUGCUUACUCAAAAAAUUAUUUAUUUAUAAAAUAAAAAUGGUAGCUGGCGCAGCUGUUCAGGUGUUGCUGUAAAAUAAACUCAUUCUUUAAGUAGCGAGGUACAAGACAGCAGACGUUAUGUGCUUUCUGAAUUACUUUUAUUAUGUAAUGUUGCACAGCAGUUAUAAAAUGGUACUUUUUACUGUAUUAUAAAAAUUAACAAGCUUAUGAAUGUCAUGACUUACGCUGUGAUAAAAAAUCAAAAUUA